AUGGGCGACAACAUUUCCGCUGGCGCAGAGGACUACGACUUCAUCCUGGUCGGGGCUGGGUCAGCCUCAUGCUUGAUCGCGUCUCGUCUCUCACAACAGCUGCCCGACCACCGGAUCCUUGUUCUGGAAGCUGGAGAACAUUAUCGCAAUGAUCCCAAAGUUCAAACGCCCGGCCUAUCGCCGACGCUUCAGUCGGAUCCUGCUUAUGAUUGGGGUUACUCUACCGCGCCGGAGCCAGGCUUGAAUGAUAAGAGGGUGAAGCAUCCGAGAGGAAAGUUGGUUGGCGGUACUAGUGCGAUUAACAGUCACAGCGUGGUGUUUCCUAACUACGAGUGGCAUGAUCGCCUGGCGGGGGAGCUUCUAUCAGAGUCAGGGAGAGCAGAUUGGAGCUCCCAAGGCAUGCAGGAUUGCUACAGCCGGUGGCAGGCUGGAAGCUCUGGACCGAGAGUGAACGAUGAUGUUGGUUUUCUCGAUCGUGUGCAAACAUCGUACCCGCCUACUAUGGAUGUUCUCCAAUUGCAGUGGAUAAAAGCAUUCGAGGAGCUUGGCCACGCGACAAGUACUACAGGUUUUGCCGAGAGCUCUGCUGGAGCAGUCACUGUUACCAAUGCGAUCGAUUCUUCAAAAGGCGAGCGAAGUCAUGCAGGUACAGCAUUUCUGGAGCCCGCAUUGAAACGAGGCAAUGUAACAUUGAGGACUGGCGUAAAGGUCGAUAAGAUUGCAUUUGAUGAAACGUUGACUGCUGAUGGAAAGCUCAAUGCAAAAGGGAUUCGCUACACAUACCACGGGGAAGAGCAUUUGAUCAGUGCUCGCGAUGUCAUUCUCUGCGCAGGCGUGUUUGAAUCUCCCUUCAUUUUGGAACGGUCGGGUAUAGGAUCCAGAAAGGUCCUCGCAGCCGCGAAUGUACCAGUCCUGUACGAGCUUCCGGGAGUUGGUGAGAAUUUGCAGGAUCAUCUCAACUGCGGCUUGUCAUGCGAGACUCAAGACGAUAUCCUUACGCGCGACGAAGGAUUAUGGGAUUCCGAAAUGAAGAAGGCUGCAUCGUUGGAGUAUGAACGAAGCCGCACUGGUCGACUAGCGGAAGGACCAGCAUACAGUUUUGCUUUUACACCACUGCAGAUGCUGGAAACACCGUCAGAGACGCAGCAACUCACUGAAAUAGUAAAAGAUUCGGUGGAAGGAGAGACCAAUCCGAGUUUACGAGCCCAGUAUUCCGUCAUUCAAAAAACAAUUGAAAGCCCUAGUGAAGCGACCGCCACCACAUUCCUGGUUCGCUCGCAGCGUCACCGAGACACUGAGUCUCUUCCCAAAGGCACACCGCCUUUCGUCAAUGGGAACUUUGUAACUGUUAUUGCCAUGUUGGCUCAUCCUUUCUCGCGUGGAAGCUGUCACAUAUCCUCUGAUCCUUCGCAUCAGCCAGAGAUCAAGUUCAACUACCUUUCUCAUCCCCUUGAUACGGAGAUAUUGGCUCGCCACUUGCUUCUCAUUGAGAGACUCUUCCAGAAGCCUACCUUCACUGCCAUGACAAAGCCGCAAGGAAAACGAUUACCUCGAACUUUUCCUUUCCCAGUUUCAUCGCUCGAAGAUGCGAAGAAAAUACUCCCAACCAACGCAGCAACGAACUACCAUCCAUCCAGCACAUGUUCAAUGAUGAGAGAAGAUCUGGGUGGCGUAGUUGAUGAUGGACUGAGAGUAUACGGAACGAAAAAUGUGAGGGUUUGCGAUGCCAGUGUUUUGCCAAUCAUACCGCGAGGGAACAUUUUGACGGCUGUCUACGCUUUCGCCGAAAAGGCGGCCGAAAUGAUUUGCAGGGAAGUGAAGUCUAGUGUCCGGUUAGAUUAA